AUGGCCGACCUCCACAGACCUCCCCGCCCCUCCGCCGCCGCCGCCGCCCCCCACGGCGCCUCCGUCUUCGGCAAGCCGCACGAGCGGGCCCCCGGCUCGCCCCACCUCUUCGGCUUCCUCGCCCUCGUCGUCUCCGACGCCGUCUUGCUCCUCCUGAUCGGCCUCACCAUCACCGCCGCCGUCAUGGGCCUGAUCAUCCUGGCGCCGCUGCUCAUCGUCUCGAGCCCGAUAUGGGUCCCCGUCGCCGUCGUCCUCUUCGCGGCCGUCGCCGCCGCGCUGUCCGCGUGCGGGUUCGGGGUCAUAGCGCUGGCCGGCCUGUCGUGGCUGUACAAGUACUUCAGAGGGUCCGACCUGUCUGGCCUUGGCCGGGGGAGCAAUGCUGCCGGGACCGGUCACGCUAAGGACUACGCCAGAGAGGGAUAUGCAAAGCAGUAA